AUGUUCAGGACGGUUGCAAAAAUAGUCACGUCAGAAAUCUGCGCCUCUGCUCUGAAAGGUGAACGACGAACGCGUCUCUCCUUUUUGUCCGCAGCUCGAUCAAACACACGCAUGAUGUUGGUCGCUCGGCUCUCCUGCCUCCGCGCUGUCCCUUUGUCAGGGCUGCGUUCAGCUGUCACUCAAACUCCUCCGGCUUUGAGGACUUCCUGUCUGAAAUCCCGCCUCCCACUGCUACAACAACAACAGGGUUUGUCGACCAGGUCCAAGUUUGGGUUCCGCAAACUUCGCUCGACCAAAGAGCAGCUCAAAGAGGCGGCGUUUGGACAGGCUUCCGAGACUGCCAUGAAAAUCGACAGCACCGGUCGCAUGGUUCUGGCAGGAGGAGCUGCAGUGGGACUGGGGGCUCUGUGCUACUAUGGUCUGGGGAUGUCCAAUGAGAUCGGGGCCAUUGAGAAGUCUGUCAUCUGGCCUCAGUACGUGAAGGACCGCAUCCACUCCACCUACAUGUACUUCGCUGGCUCUGUGGGUUUCACGGCUCUGUCUGCUGUCGCUGUCAGCAGAACUCCAGCUCUGCUCGGACUCAUGAUGAGAGGCUCCUGGCUGGCGAUCGGAGCCACGUUUGCUGCGAUGAUUGGAGCUGGGAUGUUGGUGAGAUCCAUCUCGUAUGAACACAGUCCGAUGCCCAAACACCUGGCCUGGAUGCUCCACGCAGGGGUCAUGGGGGCUGUGAUCGCCCCCCUCACUCUCCUCGGGGGACCCCUGAUGAUGAGAGCGGCCUGGUACACGGCAGGCAUCGUGGGGGGUCUCUCCACUGUGGCCAUGUGUGCGCCCAGCGAGAAGUUCCUCUACAUGGGAGGACCGCUGGCCGUGGGCUUUGGCGUCGUCUUCGCCUCCUCUAUCGGAUCCAUGUUCCUCCCCCCUACCUCGGCUCUGGGCGCUGGGCUGUACUCUGUGGCGGUGUACGGAGGCCUGGUUCUCUUCAGUCUCUUCUUACUCUACGACACACAGAAAGUCAUCAAGAGAGCAGAGACUCACCCCGUCUACGCAGCACAGAAAUAUGACCCCAUCAAUGCCUGUAUGGGGAUCUACAUGGACACAAUAAACAUCUUCAUGCGUCUCGUCAUGAUCCUGAGCGGGAACACAGGGAGAAAGAAGUGA